GUGAAGAAUACUGGAGAGACGAGGCAGCGCUGGACGCAAGUGUGGCGGCGAGAUAUGGUGGUGGGUGGUUGGCAGGUCGGGGUCGUGGGAGGUUAGCUCAGAUGAACAAGCCUUCUAAGGUCUCACUUAGUCGAAGUCUGCUGAUCUUGUUAGUGACGUGGCAAGCUUUGGUCACGCAGGGAGUCACUAUAUAACUUCUGACCUUCAGGCAACCGCGCAUUAUACAGCCGCCUGGCAGCACGAGUAUAUCGCUGAUACGACCCACCCAACGAAGUCUGCUGCGUCACUACGACUUGCAUUCCUAUCUGGACCAACGAGAGAUGAUGACCGAAGACUUCAACGAUAGUGGCGUGGAGGAGUCCCUCGGAGAAUCCAUCAUGCGCCUCGCACUCAACGGUAAUUCGAGUCCCGAGAGCCUAGAGGAGGACUGUCCCCAGGAACCUGUAAACACCAGUGUCUCCGGUGAGGUCCAGCCCAUGACUCGCGAUAUGUCUCUCAGCUCCGAGGAGACGUCUCCUUCAGGAGCAGAGGAACUGGAGGCGACCAAUAACGGACCGAUGAGCCGGGAGGAGCGUGUAACCGCCAUCAAGGAGAUGUUAGAGAUCUACUUCAGCGACAACUACCUCACUCGGGAUAUAUUUCUCCUCAAACAUUUCCGCCGUAGCAAAGAGGGUUGGAUCUCCUUGAAGUUCAUGGCGGCCUACAAGAGGAUCAAGCGGAUAACCAAGUGCCUGGAGGAAGUGAAAGUGGCGGCACAGGGGUCAUCGUUACUGCAAGUAAGUUCCGACGGUAAUAAGGUGCGCCGUCUCGCACCUAUGCCUGCCUGCAUUGACGAAUACAUUCCGACACGCAUGACGUUGGUGGGCGAGCUUCCUCAAGACUUGCGGAACCUGACCGCUCUCUCCAAGUACAUGGCGAAUUACGGAACCAUCACGUCCAUCCAGCUGAUGCGACCAGGUGUCACGCUUCCGGAAAUAUUGCGGGAGACUGUGCAGAAUUUCCCCAGAGUGCGGGAACAAUGGUGCGCUCUGAUCGAAUUUGACGAGAUCGCCGCCGUGGAGAAGUUAAUGGACACCAUAAACGGCGGGCUGGAGAACUGGAGCCACAGCUGGGCGAUGGAGCUUAUCAUGCCAUGGCGCUCCGGCAAGACCCUUGACUAUUCCAGUAGCUUCAAUAAAAACCGGUGUUGGUCAAGCCCUUCCUCGGGUUACUCGUCCCCCUGCCUCACACCGGAACAAUCGCCCAGCGUUGCCGGCCGCCGCUCCGGUAUGCGCGGUUGCACCAAACGUGAACGAAUGAUGCAGCAGGCCAAUCCGUGUCAUUCCUACGUGUGUCAGCAUCAGGUUGCCACCACCCCAUCUCCCCUGACGUCCCCACGCAAGUACUACUGCCGCGGGGGUCAUUUCAUCAACCCAGGGGAGUGUGCCUCGCCCCGCCGUUCAUCCCAAAUGACGGAAGCGAACCGAAGCGUCAACUGGCGCGCUCCAGUGCUCCCCUCUCACUAAGGGGCCUCUUGCAUCCGGCACCACUGCAUUCUGCUCUCAUGUUUCCCUCACGAAGAUAUCUUUGAAACGCAACAUUUCGGUGUGAUAACUCUCGGCCGUGAUCCAGCUGCCGCAACGCAACAAUAGCUGUAAGGCGAAGGCAUACGUAGUGUUCCGUGAGGAACGUACCACCAGUGAAGGCCCAGUGGUGUAGUGAUGUGCCUACCGCUGCCUAAGUGCGUGUGUUAGGUGUGUCAUCGGAACCAAAAAAGAGGAGUGCCUGUAUUUUAUAGAAUUAUUGUGUAUCUUCAUCUAUAGUGUUAAACGCACAGUUGAGUUUCCUUUAAUACUUAAAAAAAAAUUCUGAAUUAUAUCAAUAAGAACAUUUUCCUAUAUUUAUAUGUUCAGCGUCCAAGGGUUAAGUAUAUUGGGAAUAGACGUUACAUAGCAUCCGACAAGUCGUGGAAAUGUUGCUAUGCAAUAGUUCCUAGCUUGUAAUUUAACCAAGAAUAUUUAGUAUCAAAUAUAAUAACCAAAUCUGUAAAUUUAUAUUCCUUUUUAAAAUGCCUUAUACUGAUUUUCUUUUUUUUUUCAAGAAAUCCAACAGAACUAUUCUCAUUAAAAAGUUCUGCAUUAAAACUUUUUUUUUUUUUUCUGGCACUGUGUUACCCCUUGUUUAUCAUAACGUACCAGAUCAUAUCAUUAUCAGCCACCGAUGCAUAGAGUAAUGAUGGCUUCCUUAACGAACCUUGUGAUUGAGUGACAGGCAAUAGGAAAUAAAUUCAAUAAGUUUAACGCCACGGUGAAGCCCGAUCAACGAAGCUUGAAGGGCGAUCACAUAGCAACUAUAUAGUGAGGCAGGUGUAUCUGGUAUGUCCACCUUCCUCUCUCCGUAUUUCCUCUUCUUAUACCCAGAAUGAUACAUGGAGCUCAAUCGGCUAUCCUCCUGUUCCUUCACCCUUUACUCUUUUUCCCUGCACGAUUAAAGUUUCGCUCUCAAUCAUGUUUAAUAAAAGAUAAUUAUAGAG